CUGACACGUAACAAUCCUGCGUAAAAUUUAAGGAAGAAGUUACAUCUUUUCCUUGAGUUGAGAGUCUAUACGGCUGCGUCGAGUGCGACUCGAUGCACAAUUGACCUGUCCCGGACCAGAGGCCUGUUCGGACGCUUGCUUGAAGCGACGCGGGGCUGUGAGACAGAGGAGCCGACGCACAAGAUGAGAUUUUCAGCGUUUAUUUCUGUCCUGCGGUCGGUCGGCCCGGUGGUGAUCGGUAUUUCUUUAGGGUUCACGUUGAGUUUGUUGAGUGUAAACUGGACGGAAGAAGCGUGUUACUUAGACGGUAAGGAGGGAGAGGAGGUGACUUUGGGUCAGGAUGAGCAGCUCAAAGGAGCCCGAAAGCCCAACUCUAUCUCCACCAUCAACGAUGUGGAGUCUGAAGAGGAUUUUGAACCAAGAAUAGUCCCAUACAAACAAGUCCAACAGAGUGCCCCAAAGAAAGUUUUCAGGGCUAAAUACAUAAGCACAGAGUUGGGGAUGCGAGAGCGUCUGUUCGUCGGGGUCCUGACAUCCAAAAACACCAUUAACACUCUGGGGGUAGCUGUCAAUCGCACCAUCAGCCAUCACCUGGACACUGUGAUCUUCUUCACCGGCAUGCGCAACCGCAAAGUCCCUCACGGCAUGUUUGUUGUCUCUCACGGAGAUGAGAGGCAGAUAUGGAACAUGUUUCAGAACAUCAAAUACAUCUUAGAUCAUUACAUCAAUGAAUACGACUGGUUUUACUUUGUCCAAGACGACGCCUACACGGAGGCUGACAGGAUCAAAUCCCUGGUGGAUCACCUGAGUAUGGAUCGAGAGCUCUACAUGGGCAGUCCUGAGGAGUUCAUAGGUGGAGAAAUGGAGGGGAAGUACUGCUACGGAGGGUUUGGGUACAUCCUGUCACGCACCUUGCUCCUCAGACUGCAGCCCUUCCUGGAAAACUGUAGGAAUGACAUCCUGAGCGCGAGGCCCGACGAGUGGCUCGGGAGAUGCAUCAUUGAUUACACCAACACAAACUGCGUCGGUGAAUAUGAGGGGCUUCAGUACCACCAUUAUGAGUUGGGAAAAAACUCUGAUCCGAACAAAGAACAAAGUGAACAGUUCAAGAGAGCUCUGACUGUCCAUCCAGUGUCUGACCCUGAGCAGAUGUACAGGCUGCACAGAUACUUCACUGAGAUUGAACUCCAGAAGACUUACGAUGAGAUUGCUAAGCUGCAGGCAGAAAUAAAGAACGUCAGUGUUGUUGCCUUUGAGGGCAACCGAAGCGCCCAGUGGCCCGUGGGGAUCAAUCCAUCUUUUGAACCUAAAUCUCGGUUUGAAGUUCUGAAGUGGGAAUACUUUACUGAGGAGGAGAUUUAUUCAUGCAUCGACGGUCCUCCAAAGUGUGAGCUGCAGGGUAUUGACCGCAUGGAUGUGGCUGAUGUCAUUGACAUAGCCGUGAUAGAGCUGAACAAGAAGUACAAGCCCGUCCUGCACCUGAAGAAGCAGCAGCUGAUUAACGGGUACAGGCGCUUCGACCCUGUCAGGGGUAUGGAGUACACCUUGGACCUUCAGCUGGAGGUGGUUAACCAAAAAGGUCACAGCCGUUCCAUCACCAAGCGAGUUCAUCUGGUACGACCUUUGAGUCGGAUUGAGAUCAUCCCCAUGCCCUACGUUACAGAAGCUACAAGGGUUCACAUCAUUAUACCUCUCACUCUGCAGGACCGGAGCUAUGUUGAUCAUUUCCUGGAAGUCUAUGCCUCAAAUGCUUUUGAGACCAGUGAAAAUGCCAUCCUAACAUUCUUGUUUAUUUAUGACCCCAUGGAAGCACAGCAGGUUAACCAGAAUGAUAUAUUUGCCAGCGUAAAGACUCAGAUAAACACUUAUGAACGCAAAUACCCCACAGUGAAGAUCCCCUGGAUAAGUGUGAAGACAGAAACACCAUCCCAGAUCAAAUUCAUGGACAUCAUCUCAAAGAAGCAUCCAGUGGACUCUCUGUUCUUUUUGGCAAACGUCAACACAAAUGUCAACGCAGAGUUUCUGAACCGCUGCCGUAUGAAUUCCAUAAACAACUGGCAGGUUUUCUUCCCCAUCCAUUUCCAGGAUUUCAACCCUGAUGUGGCCUACCACAACCAGCAGCGCCCGGCCACAGUCGAUCUGGUUAAGGACGCAGGCCAUUUUGACCGCAGGUCAUUUGAAGAAGCAUGUUUUUACAACUCGGACUACAUGGCGACACGCACCCGGAUGGUGGCAGACGUCCAAGAGAAUGAGGAGAUUCUCGAGACCCUGGACAUCUUCGACAUGUUCUUAAAGUAUUCAGAUCUGCACGUGUUCAGGGCAGUGGAGCCAGCAUUGCACCAGCAGUACAGCUACCAAGCCUGCAACCCACGUCUAAGUGAAGACAUCUAUCACAGAUGUGUGCAGAGCAACUUGGAAGGUCUCGGUUCUCGCUCUCAGCUCGCCAUGCUGCUGUUUGAGCAGGAACAAGGAAACAGCACUUGAGAAAACCCAUUAACUUCAGCUGUUGAAAUAGCUGCUUGAUGUGAGCUAGAAUUUGGAACAGUGCAUAUCUGGGGUUUUAGGUUACAUACAUGACCCUGUCUGACCAUCUCCAUUUUUCAGUGUGCAUCAAGGACUAUUCAGUUGAUAGAGUUUUUAGUUAGUUUGAAGAAAUAAAUGCAGUAUAUUCCCAAUGAAACCUUUCCUUAAAUGUUUACAGUACUUGUCCAUACAGAUGAGAGCUAGAACCAAAUAUUUUUGCAACUCUGGCGAUUCUAAAAGCUGCAAUUUUUGACCACUAUGUGGCAGAAACUCACAGCAGCAGAGCCAUGACGUAGUGCUUGCUUAUCCAGUUGUUACGUUUGAGGUGUCCACUGCACAUCCAACGGACACAAGGCUACAUAGGUAACCCGUUAGAGUUGUUGUUCUCGUCAUGCGUCCAGUGCAUUUCCAAUAUUCGCUUGGAUUUUAUCCUGCUUGGUCCAUUAACUCUUGGAAGAAAUAUCUUCAUUUUGACCAUUAUGAGUUGCGGAGGUAUCAUACAGUACAUAAAUUUGAGAUAAGGCUGAGUACAGCUGCUUAUAGUUUUGUUUGGGAGGACUGAAUCAGUUUAACCAAAACAAUGAGUUGAAAGUGUCAAAAUGCCGCAGUGAUUUGUUGAUUCUCAGUGGGAUCAGAAGUACUAGCAGCAUCACUUUCACACUUAUAGAAUGUCAUAAUGUUAAUAUCAAAGAUAUUGUUGAAAUGAGCUUUGUUGUAUAGCUCUAGUGGUUAUAUUAUGUAUAUUAGUAUAAUGCACCACAGGUUGUGUGCCCGUUCACAUUGAAACAUAAAGCUUUUGACAUUUACUGAUUUCAGUAUUUACAAAAGCGCAUCUUUGUAUAUGUGCCUUGACACUGACUUUUCAUACUCAUACAACUGUUUUGCAAGUUGCCCGGUCAGAUGAUGCACAGCUGAUGUUUAUCGUUGGAACAUGAACAAUGGUUGUGAAGGGUUAGGAAAUGUUAUCUUUCGCUGUGGAUAAUGCCUGUUACAUAGCUGGGAGAACUGAAUGGGUACUCUGUUAGCCAUUAAUGUUUUUGUAAAGGGUGACGGGGAAAUAUGAUGAUCACAACCAUCCACAGGUUGUUUAUGUGCCUCAAAGCAGGGAAGAAGAGUUGACAGGAAGUAUCUUCUGUUGGUCUUUUUAGGUCAUUGAUGAGUGUAUGCCAGCAGUGUGUAUUUAAGUUUAAACUUUCUCCGUGAAACCUUUUGAUGUUGCAAGAAAAUUAACAUGCAGAAGGCAAAGGAGAAAUAUGAAUAAUGGGGAGAAAAUCACCUUGGUAAAUGUCUGAAGUGAUUGCAGGUGAGUCCUCAUUGAAGUGGUACUUUAAAACAGGAUUUAAUUAGCUUAGAUGAUUGAAAUUAAGAAUGUAUGAAACUUAUUUUUUCCACUUCGUCAAGUAUAGCAGAAAGUUUUUAUACUUUAAAAGAUGUUUAAAUGUUCCAAAGUGUUUUGGACUGUAUUGUUAAAGAUUUUGUAAGUUAUUGAAUGAUGUCAUUGUCCUUCAUUUCCUGAGCUCAGUUUUAGAAAUGGUUUCUUCCUAAUAGUCUCAGUGCAGUCCAACGGGAGGCCUUUUCUACAUCAUUGAGUGGUGGUUUUGGAGGUAGCGGUACUGGACACCAGAUAGAUAUCGGUUUAUUAUAAUGUGCAAUAUUACAGAUAACACGACUGGCGAGAUGUCCGAUGGAGGGCUUUUAAUUUCAAAGACAUUUGCGUGAAUAUCACAAUACUGUUCCUGAUGUUACACAAAGACUUGUGCUUUCUGUUUGAUGUUAAGUAAAUACACUGUAAUUUCUUUUGAAGAGACCUUUAAUGUAUUUUGCUGACACUAGACACUUUUCAUCAUCAAAUUUACUUUGAAAUAUAUCAAAUUAACUAAGGCAAGUCCUUUAAUAUAACUUUAAUUGGAUUCGAUGUAUUUGUUAGAAACACUACAUCCACAGUCGUGAUGGUCAACAGUGUUUGCUGUAUUUUGAACAAAGACCAUAGAGGUCAUUUUAUAUAACGCAUCUCUGUCUCGAUGAGAGCAGACGACACUAAUAAUGUGCGGAAAUGGAAACUGAUUCUUCCAAAAAAAAAAAAAAACCACUGUGAAAGAUGGAGGGAUUAGAUUACAACAUGAAGUGUGGUAAUCUUUGUCGUCUCUGCCUUCCGUUGACGUGAGACGCUUUGAAUUAAUGGUGCGUGGCAGAUUAAUCAUCCCGUGUUGUUAACACAGCCGCCAUCGCUGAGCGAAGUCUCUAAGUAUUUUGUCCAUAAUUUAUUUAUCUGUAAUUUCUUUAUGAAUUAUGCAGAUUCUGAAUACUUCCGCACUAGCAGAGACUUUCAUGACAUUCUCUGUGUGUAUAAAUAUUUUAUAGACUCUAUUUUUAAGCCUUUUGUAGCUUUAUGUACACAGCAAUUAAUUCAUUAUUUUUGUUGACAAAAUUAAACAUACAUUGUAUCUUAGUUUAUAUUUUGUGCUUUGAAAAUCAUGUCAUUUGACCAUGAAGACAAUUUAAUGUGUAUAUAUCUCUCACUUUAAAAUCAAGUGAUUUGUUUCAAACUGCAAAUGCAUAGGCUGAUUUUUUUUUAAAAAAUUUCCAUUGUUGUUUGGACCAGUUGGUUUCCAUUAUUUUAUGCAUAUGGGUACUAGUAUAACCAAAGCGAUAUGUUUUAAUCAAUGCUCAUCAUAUUUAAUUGUGUGCUGUAAUUCCCAAUGAACUGUGAAUAAAUGUAAUUUUUAAAAUAAAGAAUAUUUGAAUAUAAA